AUGGACAGGACCAGGCAGAGGUAUAACGCCAAGGCCCGUCAAUCUACUGCUGGCUCACAUAAGAAGAAGGGAAGGCGCAAGGACAUCGAGGCGCUCCCCUCCCAGCACUCGGAUCCCAACGCUCCCAUUAUUGAUUUGAAGACAUUGGAGCAGAAGGAAGAUGAUAGGAAAGAGAGGUUACGAAAAGAACUACUUGCGCAGUCUGAUUCAAAGGCCAGUAGUAAGAAGAAGAAGAGACUUGAGAAGUACAUCGAGAAAAAGCUGAAGCAAGAGGAACGCGUUGUGCUCUUUGAGAAGUUAUCAAAGAGCCAAGCCCAACUGUCUAUCGCACUGCAGCUUCAGUCAUCGUCUACUCUGGGCACAGGAAAACCUAGCACGCACAAACAACUACUAGAUACACAAGAAGACAGAGAUGUCAGGCGAGCCAUGGAACGUCAAACUGGAAAGACAGGUCAUCAGCAGAGUUCUGUUCUUGGCGUGGAAGAGAGCGUGAGUGACGAAGAUGGUAUCUCCGUGGAAGUAGACAGAGAAGACGACGGCAGUCUUCCAGCAGCCCAAAGCGGUGAUGGACUGUCGAAAUCUGACCCGAUAGUGGUAGUUGAUUCUGGAUCCAUCACCUCAAUUGUUCCGACCGCACAACCUGCUCCUACGCCAUCCGUCGUUGGUAGCGCGCUACAUCGCAAUCCGGAUGGUUCUGUCGUAGCUCCCCGGAUCGUUAAGAGGAAGCCGAAAAGUUCGAAAAUACAUUUCUCAUCGUGGACAGUGCAACGAUCCGCGAUGACAUCUCACGACUCCGAUGCCGAGUCGGACUCUUCGUUUAACAGUUCGGAUUCUGCUUACGACGACGACUCUGCGGACGAAGGUGCCAGCAAGCCUACUCAAGACGAGGAGAGGGAGGAGGAUCCCGACGUUUCUUCUGAAUCUGGCAGCGCAUUAGGGAAGGGUGAACGCGGCAGUCCGCCUCCGGAGGAUGCGCUACCAACAAAUAAACGCAAGAGGGGUGGGUUCAAAGAGUGGGCAAUGAAGCAACUCAGUGCUGCCAAAGGCUACGUUGCGCCUGUGGAACCUGACACUCCAUCAGAUCCUCCAGAGCAGGAGAUUGCUCCGCCACCGAAAAAGCGAAAGGUUGAAACUUCCGAGCCUCGAGAAGUGCGUGGCCCUUUAGGAGAAGACCUGCAGCUUCCGUCUACAACUCUCGCUCGACAUCUACAAGAAACUGCUGGUAAACCUGCCAGUGUCUCGAUCACCGAUAGGCGCAAGGUCAUCGGCGUACAUAGACCUCCAGAAGUUCAGGAAGCGAGAUUGUUACUCCCUAUGGUUGCAGAAGAACAACCAAUCAUGGAGGCUAUUUUAUUUCAUAACGUCGUUAUUAUAUGCGGUGAGACUGGUAGUGGUAAGACCACCCAAGUACCUCAGUUCCUCUUUGAAGCCGGUUACGGAUCUCCAGGUGGUGAAAAUCCGGGCAUGAUUGGAAUUACGCAGCCCCGACGGGUGGCGGCGAUUUCUAUGGCCUCUCGAGUCGCACAUGAACUUGGGUUCAACUCCUCCCGUGUCUCCUACCAGAUCCGUUAUGAUGCUACAGUCUCACCAUCGACAUCGAUCAAAUUCAUGACCGAUGGUGUACUUCUCCGUGAGCUCGCAACGGACUUUCUGCUGAAGAAGUACUCAGUGAUCAUCGUCGAUGAGGCGCAUGAGAGGAGUAUGAAUACGGACAUCCUCAUCGGAGUACUGAGUCGGGUGAUAAAGCUGAGGGAGGAGAUGUGGCGCGAUGGCAAGAACAACAUCAAGCCAUUACGACUCAUAAUCAUGUCUGCAACGCUUCGUGUGUCAGACUUUGCUGAGAACAAGACUCUUUUUUCGUCGCCCCCGCCAAUCAUCAACGUACCCGCGCGUCAGCACCUUGUAACAAUACACUUCAGCCGCCGCACGUCGUCUGACUAUGUGACGGAAGCCAUUCGCAAGGCCAGCAAGAUCCAUGCCCGUCUACCCCCGGGAGGCAUCUUGAUUUUCCUCACAGGCCAGAACGAGAUUUCCGGCGUUUGCCGCCAGCUGGAAGCAAAGUACGGAAAAAAGACACUAGAUGGGAGACGACAGAUGAGAAAGGCUACACAGCAACGUUUAGGAAACCAGACACAGGACGAGCCUGAGAACGUGCACUCUUUUCAGGUGACGCCCUCACAAGCGGACGUCGAGGCCGAAGAUCUUGACCUGGGAAAUGUGCAACAAGAUGGCGACGACCUCGCCUUCGACAUUGAUGGAGAUGUGGAUGGCGUGAACGCGGAUGACGAAGCUCUCGACAGCGACGACGCAUCUGCCGUUGACCAGGAGCUGGGGAUCCACGUUGACGAGAGUGAUACACCUAUGCACGUGGUUCCCCUGUAUGCUCUGCUCUCUAGUGAAAAGCAGAUGCAAGUGUUCCAGCCUCCCCCCGCUGGCACUCGCCUUGUCGUAGUCUCGACCAACGUUGCGGAAACCUCGCUCACCAUUCCCGGCAUUCGCUAUGUGGUUGAUUGUGGACGAGCUAAAGAGCGGCGACACGACGUUGCGAACGGUAUCCAAGCUUUCCGAGUAAGCUGGAUCUCGAAGGCAUCUGCCGCACAGCGUGCAGGUCGUGCAGGUCGCACGGGCCCUGGACACUGUUAUCGACUGUAUUCGUCGGCCCUCUACGAACAUUAUUUUGAUCAGUUCUCCCAGCCCGAAAUUUUGCGGGUGCCAAUCGAAGGCGUGGUUCUGCAGAUGAAAAGUAUGCAUAUUGACGCCGUUGUCAACUUCCCCUUCCCGACGCCACCGGAUCGGCUACAUCUUCGCAAGGCAGAAACAGUUCUCACUCAUCUGGGUGCCUUGAAAGCUGCGUCCGGCAGUGAUUCUUUCGGAGGUGAUAUUACCGACAUCGGGAAGGCAAUGUCUCUUUUCCCGCUUUCUCCUCGCUAUUCCAGGAUGUUGGUUAGUGGACGCCAGCAUGGCUGUCUGCCCUAUGUUAUCGAGGUGGUAUCCGCUUUAUCCGUGGGGGAUCCUUUCUUGCGCGAAGAAACUUUGGGAGACGAUGGAGAGAAGUCUGAAGAAGAGCACGAAGAAGUGUCGCACCUCACUAGUGCGGCAGUGAGAGCAGCGGAGACACGAAAGAUACGUCGCCGAGCUUUCUUUCAAUCACAGCAGACUCACGCGUCACUGGGUAACUUCACAAGUGACAUCUUUCGGACACUAUCUGUUGUAGGUGCCUAUGAGUAUGCAGGUGGGGGGCAUGCGUUUUGUUCAGAACAGUUUGUCAGGCCGAAGGCUAUGGAGGAAAUACACAAUCUUCGCACUCAGAUCAGUAAUAUUGUACAAGCAAACUUUCCAGAUCUCGAAACAGGAUUCGUCGCCGAUCUGAGGCCUCCAAGUACUCUUCAGCUCAAAGUUCUGAGACAGUUGAUAACUGCAGGAUUUAUUGAUCAGAUAGCAGUCCGGAAGGACGUCGUUGAAGCAGUGGCGGCGUCGGGGGCGAAGUAUACGACAUCCAAAGGUGUAGCAUACCGAGCGCUCGGCAUCUCAGAGGACGUAUUCAUUCAUCCGAGCUCUGUAUUGGCCAGUGCUCCACCUCCAGACUACAUUGUAUUUUUGGAGGUAGUCCGGACAUCUCGUAUAUGGCUGAAGGGACUAACCGUCGUCAAUGCCGCUUGGCUGUCAAGCCUUGGGCGAUCACUAUGCACGUACUCCAAGCCUGUCAAGGCUAAAGAUGGACAGUCCAUGGUCAUUCCACAUUUUGGACCCGGAGGCUGGGAAUUACCUGCCAUUGAGCAAUGCUAG